GGGGGGGGUCGCUCCCUUUUCCAGGUCGACCUUGGCCGCUUCGCCCACACGGGAAACUCUACUACUCUGGCAAACCCUCCCGGUCCCCCUCAAGCCUUCCCACCCCCAUUUCCCUCCCUCUACCUUUCAUGCGAAGAAAGAGCGCAGCGUUACGUCAAACAGUGCGCGGUAAGCGAGAGCGCGUCUUUGAGGGUAUUAGUGGCCACUGCUGCCAAACUCCGCUUGGGGCAGCUCACCACUUUACUGCGGCCAAUGCACGUUAAGUCAAGUUAAAAAAAAAAAAAGCGGCGCUAUGUGGUAAGUCAAUUAUCCAUUCGUGCUCUUUUGCUACCCACGCCGAUUUCCUCACAUGGCAUGUCUCUAUUGCUGGUACAAUUGACAAAGUGUCACACGGUGUAUGGUGUGUGCAGAUAAGACAAGAAAAGAGAGAAUAUACCAUUACAUCGUGAUGGCAUGAUGAAGCAGCAACAGAGUCGUUUGGCGCACAGAGCUUUCUGCAGUAUUUCUUGGUGUUUGUUUUUUUGCUGAUCUCAAAAACAACAUGCCUCACGCUCGAAAUAGGAACCCUAGCCCCAUCCCAGAGGUAACAUGGGACACGGGCUUGAAGGAGAUGAACGAGACGUGGAAAGGAGCGAUCGCGUGUCUCGGAGUGGCCGUCUUCUUUGUAAUGACCAUUGGGAUCAUAUACUGGCAAGUGGUGGACCAGCCCAACAAGAAUUGGAUCCUUAAGGGGACUUUGAGCGGAUUGAUCUGGGAAAGAAGAACCCACUCGCUCGUGAUCCAGACCCUGACGGAGGACAAGACCUACGUGGAGAUAGACGUCGGGAACGUGGGGAACCCUGACCUGGAGGUGCCCUUCGUGAGGAACCUGUGCUGGCUCAACAAGACCGAGUUCUGCUACACGUGGGACGCGGUGGCCGAGAUCAAAAUCUCCCUGGAUGUGAAUGAGGACACGGAGACCGAGUGCUACAGUAUGACAUGGACGCCGGUGCAGUGCCAUGUGCAGCUUAAGGACUGCUUCUCCAUGACAAACGUAUCCUGGUAUGGCGGCGCCAGUAUCAACGGUCAGACGUGGCCUAUAAAUGAUCAAAACGCCACCAUGCAGCCCUUCGUUGUCAGCGAUCUCAAGGAGAAUCCCUUUGGUUACGGCUCGGCUCUCGAGCGAUACUUCCUUGGCUCGUCAGGCGUUGCAGUGCUGGUAUCUCCUGACCACCCUCUGCAGCUGGGGCUGGACAGCAGACAACAGUUCUGCUUGCAGUCACUGCCCAGUAUGGCACUUCUACCCCUGCAGUACACUGUUUGUGUUGCCAACAACGUGAAGGCUGUGCACCAAGAAGCAAUGCAGCAGCUCUCCCAGUUCACUAGGGAGAUACCCGACAUGAGGGCGCUGUGGCUUCCAUCUUGGAAACUCCCCAGCAAUGUGGAUUCAGGACUAAAGGUGGAGAGGGAGCUGAGGACCUUCUCUAAUCGUCUUAGAAGACACCAGCUAGGGGAUGGAAUCAUCAGCCUUAAUGAACAUUUCACCAACCUCCUCUCUGAAAUGGACCAUGACUACCUCAACAGCAGGAAGAGGGGGGUGUCCAAGAGACUCAGCAGGGAACUCCCACUUGUGAAGCUUCUUAACAUUUCCAUCACUCUGUCCCCUUUCCUGAGCGUGGACACCACGCAGUUCCAUACAUCCCUCAUGGACGGCACUGAGGCCUUCUGGCUUAGUCUCCCAUCUGCGCCUCAUGGACAUCUGGUCCCCUUGAUGACUCAGUGGCGAGGGAAAUUCUGUGUAAAGCUGAAUGUCACAAACCCAGGAGCAGUAAGCUGGUUCCUGGACAAAGUGGGAUCCAUACAAGCCCAUUUGGAAAUGGAGUACAUCCUGCUGGAGGGUGGUGAGAGGAAUCUCUUUGAGGAUCAGUCCCUACGGCCACCUGAGGCGCUAGGUGGGGACACAUACAUCAGCCUGCUGGCUGACGUGGCUGCCAGAAUUGGAGAUUCCACUAUCAUGUCAGCAGGGACAAGGUCUAGCAACAAACCAGUCUUUCUCAGGAUGACCCCUCUGCUGUCUGACUGGAGCCCAAUGGGCCUGAAGGGCAUCAUUCCCUCUCUGCUACACCACACUGUGCUGGGAUACAACUUCCUCAUUCCAGAUGCAGUAGGUGGGUCUUUAUCUGGAGACAUGGUCACAGAUGAGGAGUUGUACAUCCGUUGGCUGGAGAUCGUGUCCUUCCUCCCUGUAAUCACCUUCCAUACACCCCCAUGGGUCUGCAGAGAGGAACAGGUGCUAAACUUAACUCGGAUAUACAUAACAAAGCACCAGAGGGAUGUGGUGCCGCUCAUCGAGAAGUAUGCCAAGGAAUGGCAGGAGACGGGAAGUCCCAUCUAUCGGCCCAUGUGGUGGCUCAAUCCAGAAGAUCCCGUAACCUUCACCAUUGACGACCAGUUCCUCAUUGGAGAUGAGGUUCUGGUGGCACCUGUGGUGGAGAAGGGGGCAGUGAGGAGGGACAUUUACUUACCUGACGGGGGCUUCCAGUGGCAGGACAGUCAAAACGCUCAGGUGUUCGAUGGAGGGACGUUCCUACAGCAGUACCCUGUGCCCUUGGAGGCGGUGGGUGUUUUCUUACGGCGAAGAUGAGUAACAUGUGACUUAUCCUGUUACUGUCUCGCAUCAUAUUUGACACUCAUGCUGUUUUAAAUUUGCACUUUUUCCACAAGAGACCAUUGACCUUGCCUCAAUGCCAUGAAUUGAGACAACUUGUCAAAAUAUAUCUUUAAACUUGCACUUUAUAGUUCGACGUGAUUUCUAUUGUUGUUUUUCUUUGGGUGUAGUUUUCUUCUAUUUUUUUUUAAGACUGUUAAAGACUGGCUGAUUUUGAUUUCAUUUUGUUUUUUUGUGUUGCUUCUUUGUAUGUACGUUCUGGAGAAAUAUGUGCGUUUACAUACUUGUUUUUGCCUUUCUACAGUCUAAUAAGGUAUGAGCUGCUGCUGUCUCUCUCGAAAAGGAGGGGCAAAACAGGCCCCUUGUUGCUUGAAAUGAAUUUGAAUCUCUCAAGAAGACCAAAUGAAGUGAAAUGAAUAUGGUGUUGGAAUGGGCUUUAUUGAGGGAACCUUAGCUCACAGAAACUGUGCAGACACAAUCCUUGCUCACAGGUUUUGAAAGAAGGCGUCUACUUAUAUAUAUAUCCAUCCAUUCUCCGAACCGCUUGAUCCUCACUAGGGUCGCGGGGGGUGCUGGAGCCUAUCCCAGCCGUCUUCGGGCAGUAGGCGGGGGACACCCUGAACGGGUUGCCAGCCAAUCGCAGGGCACACAGAGACGAACAACCAUCCACGCUCACACUCACACCUAGGGACAAUUUAGAGCGUCCAAUCAGCCUGCCAUGCGUAUUUUUGGAAUGUGGGAUGAAAUCGGAGCACCCGGAGAAAACCUGUAUAAACCGGUGCAUCACAAUCCAUUACAUUAUGGUGGAAAAGUUUAGUCAAUUUGUUUUACUAGGUAAAGUCAAAAAGUGAAACUCGCAUUAUUGAUUUACUACACAUAGUGGAAUUUUGAUUUUACUUUUUAUAAUUUUGAUGAGAAAAGCUUCAAUGACAACUCACAAUUCACAAUUUGUAAAGCACGUGUAUGUAUGCAUAUCAUAAAUAGGAUAGUCUCAAAUGUAUUGAGAUGCACCUGCAUCGUGACAUGAGAAGGGUUCCGCUUUAUACAGUUCAACUUUUAGGUGCAAUAUUUUUUACAAUAUACUGGAUUUGUUGGUAUUUGUACGAUGCUACUUCAAUCAGCUAGAUCUUUCUUUUUGAAAUAAUACUCACUGCAGCAUAUCGCUGCUAUAUGGUUUUAUUGUACAGGUAAAUUCUUGAUCAUGGAUUUUUUUUUUUACUUGAAAAUCCCAUCUUUUCAAAACAAAUACAUUCUGUUUCUUAACUGAGCCAGCUGCACAGGAAUUACAUCAUGCUGUCUAUAAUAGACUGAAUGGCAAUAAAGGGAGUCUUGUCACGGCCCUAUGAUACAGUAUAGUGUAAAUUACAACAACACUAAUAAAUAUAUUGUUCUUUGUGGAAAUGAAAAUUCUACAAACCCCUGUUCAAAUGACCUUUUUUUGUGAUCUAAAAGGAUGAGCUAUCUAUAUAUAUAUUGCGCGUCGUCCCGCACGCGGUCUGUCCCUUUUCAAAACGUACCUACUUCACCGCGCCGCCAAUGCGCCGCUCAGGCAGUGGCUCACUACGAUCGCGCGGGCAUCUUAGCGAAAAAAUGUUGUCUACCCACAAGCAUUGCAAUGAAAUUGUUAGUUAUUUAGUCAAGCUAAACAUCUCUUUAUUUUCGCGAUAAGCAAUGAAGAUGAACAAACAGUUGAACCAAGCAACAACACUUUUGUGGGCCGAAGGCCCACCUUACCAGCCUUCCGCAGGAACUAGCUGAUGAGCCGCCCGGAGGGCGGCGAACCAGCUAGUAUAAUAUAAAGCAAAAACUUUUCCACCAGUAUUAUCACCAAUAACCGGUUCAGUCAACUUUUUUAAGAAUCUUUGUGAGAAGUAGAAGUAAAGGUCAACAACUAAGAUAAUGUGUUUGCAAUAGUCUACACACAUUUAUCAAUGGAAUAUGGCAACGUUCAAAAACAACCAAUCACAUCCAAACUCUUGUUAAAUGUUAGCAAAGUACACCUCCCACCACAAAACAUUUCAGCUCUUCUAGUAAGCGUUUCCCGAUUUUGUUCAAUUGUUUUUUCGUCUUGCGGAAGCCUGAAGCUUUUGCAUGAACACUGACUGCUAUUUUGAACUGGUCAAAUUUUUUUCCCAUUUUGUCUCAGGCCCCAACCCCUGGUCUUGAUGCUGCCGCCAUUAUGCAUGCUUCACCGUAGAUGUGGUGUUCUUUUGGCGAUGAGCAGUGCUGUGUUUGCACCAAACAUACUUUUUGGAAUUAUGGCCAAAAAGAUCAGACUCGAUUUCAUCAUAGCACAUUUUUCCACGUGUUGGGGAGAUUUGUCAGAAAAUAAUAUACUCGAUCUGAUAACAUUUAUUUGGGGUGAAUUAAAGGCACUUUAAAUGGUGUGCAUUCGCGCGCUGAUUCUCAUUCAACAUGAAUUUCAAUGUGAUUGCUUGAUUCUGAAUACGGCCACAUCCAAUUAGAGCAAAGGUAUCAAACUAAAGGCCCAGGUGCCUGAUCCGGCCCACCAUGUCAUUUUAUGUGGCCCUCGAAAGCAAAUCAUCAACUUGCAUGAUCCUUGCCAAAAUCCAAAAUGCCAAAUUGUCAUGUGUAAAAAAUAACAUUAAGAUUUUGCAAUAGUUUCUUACCUUGUACACACUCACUUGAACAAUAAUAUAUAAAACCAUUAGAGUGGAUAUGACUGACUUCAAAACUGUUUAUCCAUCAAUCUGUCGCGUAAAAGUAAUAAUGCGAUAAGAGGUUUAACAUUUAUUUGGUUUCAUUGCCUUAACGACCCUCAGUUAGAAGACGUAACUCCAAAGAGGCACGCGAGAAAAAUGAGUGUGACACCCCUGAAUUAGAGGGUGUGCAUACUUUUACAAUUCCGCAAUUUCAAUUGUUUAUUUUUACUUAUCCUCCUAAAAGGAUCGCUUUUUUAAACUGAAUUGUACAUGUUAUACGUCACGUUAACCAAAAAAAAAAAGGAUUAAUAUUGGUCUCAUUUUUUUUUUUACAUCACAAAAUAAUUCAUACCACUGUAUUAACUCUCUCUCGGUGUCAGAUGAUCAAAAGUGAGAAUUUCUAUCAUUGUCAAGGCCAUUUAGAUCACAGGCGGAUAAGGCUGGAGGGCCGCUAUCCUGCAUGUUUUUUAUGUUUCCCUCCUCCGAUAUACUUGAUUCAAAUGAACAGCUCAUCAGCAAGCUGUGCAGAAGCCUGAUAACAAUGCUAAUUAUUUGAAUCGGGUGUGUUGGUGUACAUGCAGGAUAGCGGGCCACCCCUGAUGGCGACCCACAUGUUGUGCAGAUGUGUCAAAGGAAGUGCACGGUGGAGGAAUUUACCAGAAAAAGAAAUGUUUGUAUGGCAAAAUAUGUUUUGUCCAGAAGCAUUGAGCUUUUCUCGCUUCCAUUUACUGUGUUAGUAAUUGUCUUCAGCUAGAUGGCAGAUAUUUAUAACAGGCCUGCCUUCCUGCGGAUGCAAAUGGGUCAGCAAAGGAUUAGUAAGGCUGUGUGUACAUCAAUCACGUUGUCACGACGCGUCCUCAUCGAUUUGUCUGUUAUCCAGUACAAGUGAAAUAACAACAACAAUAACAACAGGAUUUCGCUGGGGUUUAUGACGAAAGGCAUUUCCAUGUAAUUUUGCCACACUGUGCUGAGCUUCUCUUGACAUCGCAUCCAUUUCUUCAGUACAGUGAACUGUUUCAUUUUCAUUCGUCUCCUGGACUAAAAUACUCUGGCUAAUGAGAUCCACUGAUCUAUAUGACAGAAGCCAUCACCUUGCACUUGCUUUGCUUUUCGCUUCCUAUUCUAUAUUGUUCUGGUGGUUAUUGUGUCAGUGGUGUUGAGAUACAGACAGACUGAAUGCUUUAUUUACCACUCCAUUUUCUGUAACCGACCCGUAUACUGUACCAACACUCAGGUCUACUGAAGUUUAUUCAAUCACCAAAUGUCUUAGUACAACACAGUCAUGUCUUAAUUUCCCCUAAAAAUGAAUGUACAAUGGACAAACUGUGAUCCCCCCCCCCACUCCCGCCCACCUGAGGAGCUGUACAGUUCCCACUCGUCACGCGUUGCAGAAAUGCCGUGGUAUGUUUAAGUGUAAGCUGCCAGAAAUGCUUUAUUCGCUUUACAGACUGUGCCUUAAUCUAAUAUGGACAAUUUGAGAGCCUGGAUUAUUUGCAGUAUCAGCAAAGUAAAUAUGAUGAUGACUGUGCCAUUACAAAUGUUUGUUUCUCUUUUCUCUCUCUCUCCUGCAAAUCAGAGAAUCUAGAAUGACUAAUUUUCAAAUAAAGUUUACAUUUUCUUACUA